GCACCGCAUUCAGUGUUUUGAGCGCGUUCUUCGAUAACGGUCACAUUCGAAUUAAGUUGCCGCGUGCAUUCCGAGCUGUUCCUCAAUCAUAACUAUCGCGUGCAGCAGAUUAAUCACAAAUUUCCCGCCUCACAAUGGCCAGCCACGAGCAGGGUGGAACCGAUCAGACCGAUCGAGGGCUACGGAAGGAAUACUUUGGUAAUGGUGGUGGUUUCGGAAGGUUUCUGCCUCCCGUUUUCAAGCUGCUCGAGUUGGCAGUUGCCAUUAUCUGUAUUGGCCUCAUCGACGACCCAGCCAAUAAUUCUCGGCUUCGACCAUUCGCGGCAGCACGCACAAUCGCUCUGGCUUAUUCCACAUUCGUGCCCUUCUUGAUCUUCUCGGUGAUCUAUCUGUUCGGCAAAGUCAUCAGAGAGAAUAUCCCGUGGAAGCUACAAUCGUUGCUGAAUCUGACGGCAUUUAUUCUGUACCUGGCAUCGGCCGUAUGCAUCCUGCAUGACUGGUCGGAAACGAAAAAUCGAAAUUAUUGGCCACCUAAUACACAACGAAUGGAUUUCUUGUGUGGCGCAGGUUCGGUUGCCGUCGUUGGUGCUGUACUGUACCUUUUGGAUCUUAUUGUUACAACCAGGUUGGGUGCGAAGGGUGACAUUGAGUAAUUUAAAGGAAGUUGCGUAAUUCUAGUUGUAAAUAUACCUA